AUGUGUGGACGAUUCGCAUGCAACCUGAAUAAAGAUGAGUUGUUGACGGCUGUGACUGAUACGAUCCCCGCCAAUGUAGGACUUGGGCCUUCGGAUUCGGGCACACAGUUCUCUCCAAGCUACAACAUCGCUCCAAAUAUGCAAUGCCCCGUGUUUCGAAAAAAUCUGGAUUCCAUGGAUGUGAUGAUGGAGACAAUGAAGUGGGGCGUUUCAUCUAAGUCCCUUUUCCAUGCAGAUAAUGAGGUCAUGCUUAUCAAUGCGCGAGAUGAUACGGUGCUGAAGCCAGGUUCUAUUUGGCAUGACAUGAUGGCAGAGCGUCGGUGUAUCGUAUUUUGUCAAGGAUUUUAUGAAUGGCAAAAAGAUGACACUGUACCUGGUCAAACGCAUGCCCCGAAGCGUAUCGCGCAUUUCGUUGGCAUGGGCAAAUAUGGUAGAGGUCGGCGUACGAUCGAUGGGCAAUCGCGGCAACUUAUGCCCAUGGCUGCAUUUUGGACUCAGCAGAAAGGGUCUGAUCAAAAUGCAUUUGCAAUUGUAACGACACAAGCCAACAAACAGCUCGAAUUUUUGCAUGACCGUAUGCCUGUGAUUCUGCCAGACACGUGCGCCAUAUCUGAGUGGCUCGGGAUAACGAGUUAUGAGCAUGUUUCCAAGUUACUAACGCCGUACCAGGGCACGCUUGACUGCUAUAAGGUGCCCCCUGAGGUAGGAUCGGUGGGUACAUCGAAUGAAAACUACAUUUAUCCACUCCAUGCAAGAAAGGACGGUAUUUUGGCCAUGUUUGAAAAGGCGAAACUACAUACACAGAGGCAAAAAAUGGCUGUGGAAGACAAUGGUACGGAGGAAGAGCGCAAAACCCUGCCCAGCACGCCUAAAAAGCAUGUCAAGCCAGCACAAUCGCCUUCCUCCGUCAUGCGAGCCAAGACUCGAGAAAGCCCUCGCAAGCGCAUGAAAGGAACACCAAGUUUGGAGACAUACUGGUUGAAAGGUGAGAGCGAAGGGUAA